AUGGGAGUAAAUGUUGAAACCAUUUCACCUGGAGACGAGGCGACAUAUCCCCAGAAAGGGCAGACAGUUGUCGUUCACUACACGGGCACUUUAACAAAUGGACAGAAGUUCGAUUCAUCCCGCGACCGUGGAAAGCCCUUCAAGUUCAAAAUUGGCAAGGGAGAGGUCAUCAAAGGCUGGGAUGAAGGAGUUGCAAAAAUGUCAGUUGGCGAGCGGGCUAAGCUUACCUGCAGCCCUGACUAUGCUUACGGGCAGCAAGGACACCCUGGAGUUAUCCCCCCUAACUCCACACUAAUUUUUGAUGUAGAACUACUACGCCUUGAAUAA